AUGUCUUCUCCGUACGAAUGCAAAUGGGGCAUCCUAGCCACCGGCUGGAUCGCCGAGAUGUUCUCCAAAGACCUUCUCGUCGCCCCCUCCUCGCGCUCCGUCUCCGAUGUCAAGCACACCAUCACCGCGGUUGCCUCGUCCACCUCUGCCUCCCGCGCAUCCGAGUUCCUCACCAAAGUCGGCGUACCUGCCAACACCGCCGCUGCCUACGGCUCCUACGAGGAACUCGUGGCCGACCCCAACGUCUCGAUCAUCUACGUCGCCACUCCGCACUCUCACCACUACGAGAACUGUCUUCUGGCGCUCAACGCCGGCAAGCACGUCUGCUGCGAAAAACCCUUCACCAUCAACGCAGCACAGGCGGAGCACUUGGUGGAGGUGGCGAGGCAGAAAAAGCUGUUUUUGAUGGAGGCGGUUUGGAUUCGAUUCUUCCCGCUGGUGAUCGAGCUGCAGAGGCUGAUUCACGAGGAGAAGGUGCUGGGUGAGAUUAGGAGGGUGUUUAGCGAUUUUGGAAACCCGUUCAAGCCGGACCCGAAGCAUAGGUUGUACAACCCGGAGUUGGGAGGUGGUGCGCUGUUGGAUCUGGGAAUCUACGCCUUGACAUGGCAGAUGUUGACGCUCUACCAGGAUCCCAAAAACAAGGCCACCGCUCCUGACGUCAAAGGCUCUAUCAUCAAAUCCGACCUCACGGGCGUCGACGAGUUCACCACCAUCCUCCUCAACUUCCCCACCGCCCGAACUCAAGGUGUAGCUACUACGAACAUGACCAUCCGUUCCUCGCCUCACGUGGUGCUCAUCCAAGGUACCAAAGCAGACCUCACCGUGGAUUGGCCCCCCUACCGUCCGGAGAGCUUCACCAUCCGCGAAAAGGACGACGAUGGAAAGUGGACCGGAAAGGAAGACACGCGCAAAUAUGAGAUUCCAGGACAUGGCAUGUUUUGGGAAGCAGAUGCUUGCGCAAGGGCGAUCCGUGAUGGAAAGAGCGAGGAGGAAAGAUGCUCGCUCAAGGAAAGUAUCUUGACCAUGAAGAUCAUGGACAAGGUCCGCUACGACAAUGACUUCAGGUACCCUGAUCACCUCGAAUCCACUUCUUCCAAGUAA